AGUUAUUCAGAGACUUGUGUUUCUCAAAGAAGUCGUCCCUGAUAUGGGUAAAUUGUGAUCAGCAAUAGCAAAAAAUAUACAAAGUCGCAAGAGAAUCUGUCAUGAAGGGGACGGGAAUUGGGGAGUGUGAUCUAUCAGCUUGAAAAUUAUUGACAAGUAUUUUUCAUAGGAAAAUCCAAUUUAAGUGUAUAUUAUAUCCAGUCACCCCAAGAAACUCAGAAUCCGCCAGCAGCAACACCUCUGUGCUGUGAAUCAAGCCUGGAGCUGUCAUGGAACCACUUAAUUUAUGAUUACAAGGCUUAUCAAACCACAUCUUUCGAGUUUAAAGCUCUCCCUCUGUCUCUGACAGAAAGGUGAAAUGAUAUCAAUCCAUGAUCUCAACUGCAAAUGCGGUCUCAACUCCUGAGAAUGGCCAUUGAUGCUGAAGGAUACAAACUCUCUAAAUGAUCAACUCCUGAAAUGAUGACAUGUUCAAGUUGGCUUUCUUGGCCAUUCUCUUGAUCAACUCAUUUUGAUCAGCUGAAGCCGCGGGAAGAGAUUUGCCGGUAACAACCCCAAAAUGUUUCAAGGAUUCAGGUUGCGAAACAAAACCACCAUGUCCGGCCCGUAGGUGUCCAUGUCUGUAUUGCUAGCAUCUGCAUGUGCAAGACGAUUCAAGAAAACUCUGGUGUUGAAACCAAAGACUUCAAAUGAUGGUGCAAAUCCAUGAAGUGUAUCGAAAGCAAGCGUGCUUGUGCUAAAGCAUGAAAGCGAAAAUAUACAACCCUUAUUGCUAAUUUGCAAUUUGCGCACUGUAGAGUGACGUAGAAAGCUUGAACUGAAAGACUCUCACUCCUCCUGUAUACAGUGGCCAACACUCCGCUCUAAUCCCCUUCCAGUACUAGUGAAGGUCAGUUAUUUGUGAUCAAAGAUCUCAUCUUUGAUUUCCUGGCAGUUCUCAAGUUUUUGUAAUCCGAGCAUCAAGGGAGAUCCCAACCUCAAACAAGGAAAGGUUGAUUGCUGCUAUUGAAUUGAAAUGAGGGUGAAAGAGGAUUCGGAAGAAGCAAGUUUCUCAACACUCACAUCUCGUGAGCCACCAAGAAACCAACAAAAUAUCGCAUCUGGGGCGGGUACCGGUUCAGUGCCUAUUACUAGCAACAACAACACAGCUGCUCUCUGUAGAGAAAUUAGAAUUGUCCAAGAUUUGAUUGAAAGGUGUCUGCAGCUGUUUUUGGAUAAAGAUGAAGUGGUUAAGACACUCUUUGAACAAGCAAGAAUUCAGCCUGACUUUACAAGAAUAGUAUGGAAUAGAUUGGAGCAAGAAAAUGCAGAAUUUUUUAAGGCCUAUUGCAUAAAGUUAAUUCUGAAGAAACAAAUUUCUGUGUUCAAUGAAUUACUUGAGAAGCACCACCAUCUGCUUAAUUACGCUGCACCUCUAGAGUAUCCCUUGGCUCCCAUGCAGGAAGGCGUUCAGCACAUGCCAGUUGACAAUCUACAUAAUGGAUAUACCCUUCUGCAGCAGCAUCCAAUUCCAUCAACUGUUCAUCCCCAGAAUGAUUCCAUGGGAACCUUUUCCAACUAUGAUUUGGUUUAUGAAAACCCUGAGAGUGGGAAUUUCCACUCAACUCGUUUGAAUUAUGGGGGAUGGAUGCCAAUGGACAAUAACACAACCGAUAUAGCACCUACUCAACCUUUUAUUAAGUCGGAGAUUCCAAGUCCUGUAUCAGUUGCACCCUUUGAUCAAUAUCCUUUCGUUCCAAGAGAGAUGCCAGAGAGCGUGGACCCUUCAUCUUUUGACUUUGCAGAGUUAUCUCAUGUGCGAAGUCCGGGGCAGGUUCUACUUCAACCUGCUAAUGCUGGCUUCAAUAACUUGGCAGAUAUAGGAGAAUAUUCGGUUUCUACUGGAUUGCGUGAUCCUUCAGAGCAAAAUGACAAUGUUGACAAGUUCUUUGCCGAUACCAUUCCUGCUACACACUCUCAAUCAUAAGAAGAAUCUUAAGGCAAAUGCCUUGCAAUAUUAACCCUAGCCAGACCAAUUAGAUGUAGUUCGAACCAGAGAAACUUCACAAGCUGUCUUGGCUUUCUGGAGAGAGCUAGUGCACCAGGGUGAAUUUGAAACCUCAAGUUGAUCAAGGCAGGCAUCAACUGGCGUCCUGCUAUAUAUUAUAUCCCUUUUAUUUUAUUGUAGCAUGGCUCAAAUCUUUGUUCAGGAUCUAGACUUCCUUAUUAUGAAUUCCAUUCAGUCUGAUUCAAUUAUCUUUCUUAUCAUACAAUAUUUUCAAUCA